AUGUCCGACAGAGGAACCCGGCCACCGCCAGAGGUUCUUGCGUCAUGGCCUGCACCGAACUAUGUUAAUCCGGAAAAUCAGACAGCGCAGCUUAUGGCUAUCGAAAUCACAUUAUGUACAGUUACUACUAUUGUCAUGAUGCUCAGACUGUAUAGCAGAGGUGUUCUCACAAAAAGCAUCGGAUCGGAUGACUGGUUGAUGACUGGAGCCUUGUUCUUUGCAAUAGGCCUUACAACAGCGAACUGUCUAGCUCCGCAGUGGGGCUGGGGAGUCCAUUUGUACGACUUCAGGGCGGAAUGGCUUGUUCCCGCUCGAAAACUUGCCGUUGCGACCGAGUCAUUAUUCGUGCCGUGCGUCGGUUUGGCAAAACUCUCAAUCUUGGUAUUUUACCAUCGGGUGUUCUCGUCCAAGUCUUUUAGAUGGUUCGUAUAUGCAGGUAUUGCAUAUGUGAUCGCUUACUCCAUUGCUUCGAUCAUAACGAUCUUUUUGCAAGCGAUCCCGCUACGUGCGUAUUGGGAUAAGUCUAUCCAUGGGAAGUUCAUCGAUGGGCAACUAGCGUUUAUGGUCUUUGGGGUGCUUAAUUGCUUAAGUGAUCUUUAUGUCUUCUUCCUUCCUAUUAGAGAAGUCUGGGGGAUCCAGCUCCCUAAGAAACAGAGACUUGGACUUAUCUUCGUCUUCGCUUUGGGUUCCAUAGUAUGCAUCGCUGGUAUUAUCAGAAUAUACUACAUAUGGGUCGUUUUCUCCCCCACUAACUGGGACUUCACGUACCAAGGUGGCCCACUGUACAUCGUAACAGCAAUUGAAGGCGACCUAGGAAUCCUCUGCGCCUCCCUCCCAGCCCUAAAACCUCUUCUUCACCGCUACGCCCCUGGCCUCCUUAGCUCCGGUCACGGACGUUCUAGACCCUCAGGUGCUUCGCCAAGCUAUCGUCUUUCCUCAUACGAUGCCGACCGACGGCGAGAUACGCGAAGAAUUACAGGCGUAGGGAUGCCCGGUCUCGCUAGCUAUAAACUAACCAGCAGCGUGACGAGCCCCACGAUGUUGAAUAAUGAUAGUGAGGAGAAUAUUCUGCCGUUACAGGGGCAAACAACAACGGGAUGGGAAUCUGCGAAUGGAUCAAACGAUGGGAGUACUGGUGCUACCAGUGGUGGUAAUGGUGGUGUAGCUAAUGGGAUCGGGAAGAAAGUCGAGAUCGAAGUUACGGUGGAGAAUAUUCCGUACUCGAAAGAAGAGGAUUUAGAAAAGGGACCGGGGCCAAUGAGUCCUACGGGUCAUAGAAGGAUAUGA